GUUUUUUUUGAAAUCUAAUGUCUUCAACCGAUCAAACUAAGGAAAUACGGACGGCAGUCUGGUCAGUGGUUCACCAAAUCGCUCAGGAAGAAAGUGCACAACUAGGAAAACCUAUUAGUACUGAAUUCAUUGCAUCGCUUGCUCAUGUCGUCUAUAAACAAAUGGAAACUUUUGGUAUGGACGUCGAAGCUUUUGCCACUCAUGGUCGCCGAUCCACAAUCAAUACAGAUGAUGUGAUGUUAUGUGCACGAAGAAAUGGUCAUUUGGUAUGUCGCUAGGGGUUGUUUAGAACAGUAGGAAACAUCUUUUUUUCUUUUUUAUCCCUAUUAAUAUGUCAACACUUUAUUUCCCUUUUUAGCAUGAACUAUUAUCUCAAGCCU